GUAGUUGAGAAUCACAUUAAACUCGUCAUUAAAGUCUAGUCAUGUCAAGAAUUCAGACGUCCACUUUAGUGGCUGUGGUAAUAGCCUUAGCAUUUAGUGUCCUUGCCACCGAAGCGAAAAGGAGGUGUCUUCAAUGUUCAGGAAUUAACUGCCAACGAACUACAUACAGUAAUAUUGAAACAUGUGACGAUGAAUUAGAUGUUUGUGUAAGCGUAUUCGAUGGUCAAAGAAUUGAAGCUCAAGGCUGUUGGCUUGGAAUUGCCCCUCACAUUCGGUCGAAAUGUGAAAAAGACUCAAAUAUAGAAUGCAACAAGUGUUUCACAGAUGAGUGCAACAGCGAGGGACCGAAGAGUUUUCAAUGUGUUCAAUGUGAUUCGAGUAUUCACGCAAAUUGUGCUCGUAAAGCAGAAGCCCUCAAUACAACCCGAUGUCCAAUUGCACGAUCUGAAAAUGCCUAUUGCUUCGCUCGGUCGGUUGGCAAUAAGAUCAUACGUGGCUGCUCAACAACGGUUAAGGAUCAGAAAGAUUGUUUAAACGAUAGGAGUUGUUCUUUGUGUUUGUCUGGAGAAAUUAUGGGCUGCAAUAGGGUAGCUAUGGGUACAGAUGAUGGUGGAGCCGGAAGUGGUUCAGGUAGCGGUUCUGGAAGUGGUUCUGGAAGCGGCUCUGGAAGUGGCUCUGGAAGUGGUUCAGGAAGUGGCUCUGGAAGUGGUUCAGGAAGUGGCUCUGGAAGUGGUUCUGGAAGUGGAUCAGGAAGUGGUUCAGGAAGUGGUUCUGGAAGUGGAUCAGGAAGUGGAUCAGGAAGUGGAUCAGGAAGUGGCUCAGGUAGUGGAUCGGGAAAUCAUAAAAACGGAGCCGCUAAAUUAAGUUUGUCCAUAAUUGUUGCAUUCGUAUGUUAUAUUAUUUUAAUGUAAAUUCCUUAGCAAAAAUAAAUUAAUAUCAUUGAUUUCUAUAA